GUCCAGUCGUCCACACACAGUCUCUUCUGCUGCAUAACCCCCACCCCUCCCCGCCCCCGCCCCCGCCCCCGCCCCGCGCCCACUCCCCAAAAGAAAAUAUCCCAAACCCCCAAAACUCCAUCCUCUCGAUCUUUUCCUUUGGAACUGUGUGUCUGUUCUUUAAACGUAUGUUUUCUUUCUUCAUUGAUUUUGCUACGAUCUGACUUCUCAGGAAUCCUAUGCCUUACCCUCUACGCUUUCUUCUUUACAUCUUAUCCCUUUUUUUUUUUUUUUUUUAAAUUGUACUCUUUUGAAUAAAUUGUCAGAUCUGAGUUUUUCCAUUUCCAUUUCCAUUUUCUUUUAAUCCCUUUUCCGGUCUCCGAGAAAUUCGUCAUUAUUUACUCUAAACCAAGUCUCCAAUCCUUGGGUUCCCAAGAAAAGAAUUUCACCAUUUCCAUUCCGUGACAAAGUUGUUCAAUUGUUUCUGAUAAUUCCAUCCUUUUUUUAAUAUUUUGUGAAGGAAAUUGACUCUUUUUCCUGAGUUUAUCUAUAACAUUUAAAUGGAAAACGCCGCUGAUACUAGUCUUAGGACAUUGAUGUUUAAUGAUAAAAUCGAUACUCCAAACCUUGGAGAUUUUCUCAGAGUCAAAGAAGACAACAACAACAACAACAAUCUUGCAGGCCUUACAUUAGGCGCUGUGUUGAGCAUCAAACUAGAAUCUUCUUCUUCUUCUUCUUCUUCUUUACCUGUCCACUCCAACAGAACUCUUCUUGAUAUCAUUCGAGACGAUCCCAACAGUGGCAGAGAAAACAGGCAACCUUGGAAACAUUUCACAAACAAACUCCGUCUCAAACCUCCUGCCGAAGCCUGGACAUCUAACAUUUCCAUUCAACAAUGUAAUGGUCCGAUAAUGUCUCGUAGGUUGUCCCGGGAUGUUGUUCCUACAUAUUCGGAGGUAGAAAAUACUGGGGAGCCGGAGAUAUCUGCGUCUGAGUCAACAAGAAGUAGAAUAUUGGAAAUAAUGCGUGUUGAGAAUGAAACUGCAGAAGAGGAACAAGAAGCAAUUGGAGUGGAGGUGGAGGAUCAACCAGUGCGAAUGUCAUUAAUGGCCUUGUUAACAGAGAAUGAUGGAGACGGAUCAGCUUAUAUGAUGGGAGAUGAAGAUGAAGAAGAAGAUCAUGAUGAAUUGGACGGUGUUAAUGAAGUUCCUGCUGCCGAUGCCUGUGCUGGUGCCAGCGGAGAAAACAAUUGUUGUGUGUGUAUGUUGAGACAGAAAGGUGCUGCGUUUAUACCUUGUGGACAUACAUUUUGCAGGUUGUGUUCAAGGGAGCUUUGGGUUCAAAGAGGCGUGACUUACCCGCAAUUUCAACACAGGCUUGGUGAGCCGCUGCGCUAUCGUACCACUAUUUUUGUUUGUGUCAUGCGUCGAUGAAGAAGUCGCGCUGCAUUAGUGGUUUUAUUUCGUAAUUGCAAGUAUGAGCAUGGGAGUGUAUUGUCCCAUUGCAAUCACUUUUGCUGCCUCCGGGUGAGAAAAAUUCAGAGGUUCCAACCACAUAUGUAUGUAAAUGGUCUCGAGGUAGAACUCAUCAAAAUGAAGCUCGUAAUGUGCUUGUCAUAAUAAGAGAUGCAUUAGACAACCUUAUUAGAAGCAUUUAUUUUUUAUAUUAUCAUGUCAUUUUUUAAUUUUUUUUUUUCUUAAUUUAUUUUGUUUGUAGUAAUAUAACAUAAUAUUCCACCAAUUAAAUAAAGCUCAUAUAUAUAAGAGUGGUGAAAUGCUAAA